AUGACUACAUGCAAGACAUUUUCAAUGGAACAACCAGUCAGGCCGAGUCCCAGCGAAGCCGAAAGAAGCAGCCGACGAAUGGUCGAUAUCAUUUCACCGUUUCAGAACGCCGGCGAGGACUGGUCGGGCCUCAAGGAUCCACGAGCAAGGCGCAAACUCCAGACUAGACUGAAUAUGCGAGCUCACAGGAGACGCAAAGCCGCUCACGACAGUUCUCACGCUCCAAAGUGGAAAAGCAGCGAGUCGGCUCUCUCGCAGCGUAGCGACACCAAGUCGAAGUCUAGUGCGCUCUUUGCGUGUUGCAUGCUACCCGAAGUUCGAGACCCAACGUAUCUGGAUGCAGCCGUCUUCGAGGCCAAGUCGGAUCAGGCCGGCCCCUGGUCCAUAGCACCAAUCGACUCCAAGGGGUGUUGUCCCGUUGUCCAGAUCCCUGGAGUUUCACAUUAUGGAGGUGACUUCUUUCCAAUGUCGCUGGACCAUCUUAUCCGAAUGAUCGAGUACAACCUCAUCCGAGCAUUCGUCACAAACGCAGCAAUUCUCGACAUCCUGCAUCUGCUACCAAGCAGCGAGACUUGCCCACCACUCCACGACAGGAUGCUGCUCUUCCCAGUUGGCGGAGCUCGCAGAAUCCCUGAGACUCUGCAGCCUUCGUACCUGCAGCGGUCCACGGAUCACGCCUACGGGAUCGACCUUUGGCCUGAUGCAAAAAUGCGUGAUAAUAUCAUCGUCGCCGUCGCCAGUGGUCUGCUAGAUCAGCACGAGUUAGAGGCUGAUCUCCUCGGGACCGUCUGUCCAAACACCGUCAUCCAAAAUCGCAAUGCUGGCAGUCGUGGAGAUGGACUGACAGCCAAAAUUCCAUCAGAGGAGGAGGAGAGAGUCUGUGGGGUCGUGGUCUGGACGACACCUUGGUGUGCCGAUGGCUAUGAGCUGUCGGAAGCUUUCAUCCGCAAAUACCGGUGGCUGCUGAGAGGAUGCUACGACCUGCUUCGAGCGACGAAUCGUUGGAGGGCAACUCGCGGCGAGGAUCCAAUUGUCGUGGAGCUGUAG